AUGGCACGCAUCUUCAUCACUGGCGCCUCCGGAUAUAUUGGCGGAGACCUGCUCCAUGCCUUAACUUCGACUCAUCCCGAGUAUCAGCUUACUGCCCUCGUCCGUGGAAGCGAGAAAGUCGCUGCAGUCACGAAUGCCUACCCUGGUGUGCGUGUUUUGGAGGGGGACCUCGACUCCACCUCCCUCAUCGAGGAAGAAGCCAGUCAGGCAGAUGUGAUUGUCCAUGCCGCUAGCAACAAGCACAUGAACAGCGUCGAGGCUAUCGCGCGCGGUCUAGCCAAGAAAGCUGGCCCAAAGCCUGGAUACUGGAUUCAAGUCUCCGGUGCCAGUCUGCUGUCGAUCCCCGAUAUUCUGCAAAAGCGCUUCGGCGAGGCAUCCGAUAAAGUUAGUUGCGAUGUCGACGAUGCCGCCGAGAUCCGUGAGCUCGUGCACAAGAAUGCGGACACCAGAGUAGUAGACGAGUUCCUUCUGAAUGUGUCCGGUAUCAAAACUGCGCUCGUAUUCCCUCCCAUCAUCUAUGGCCAGUCACGGGGGCCGGUGAAACAGCGCAGCGUGCAGAUUCCAGAGCUCUCUAGAGUGGCGAUCGAGACUCGGCAAACAGUUCAGGUGGGCAGAGGAGAAAGCAUCUGGAGCAAUAUCUACAUCUAUGAUCUCAGCAAUGUCUUCCUGAAGCUUGUUAAAAAGGCCGUGGAGGGUACGGAAGGUGACCUUUGGAACCAGAAUGGCGUCUACUUCGUUGGAACUGGAAUGCUAUCCUUUGGAAGAAUUUCUGAAUUGAUUGCUGAGGCGGCAUAUAAGCUGGGCCUGACUGACUCGCCUGCUGUCAAGAGCAUCAGUGCCACUGAGGCCGAUACGUUAUCUGCGCGGGGCAGCGUGUUUUGGGGCACCAACGCACGCAGCACUGCACAACGGGCUCAACAGAUGCUUGGAUGGGCUCCACAAGGCCCUUCUGUCGAGCAGGAGAUCCCGUUGACCGUCCGCGCCGAGGCGAUUCGUCUUGGCAAAUUGUAG